AUGACCUACACAGUAGAAUUUGAGAUCAAGUUCAUCCGAGAAGUAACACCAUAUAUCAAGAAGCCAUCAUUAGUAUCAGAUCUACCAUGGGAAGGUGCAUCUCCUCAGUCACCAAGCUUUAGUGGCAGUGAGGACUCUGGUUCUCCAAAACACCAGAACAGCACCAAGGACAGGAAGGUCAUCCCUCUCAAAAUGUGCUUUGCUGCUAGAAACCUAAGCAUGCCGGAUCUGGAAAACAGAUUGAUAGAACUCCAUUCUCCUGAUAGCAGGAACACGCUGAUCCUACGCUGCAAGGAUACAGCCACAGCACACUCCUGGUUCGUAGCUCUCCACACCAACAUAAUGGCUCUCCUCCCACAGGUACUGGCUGAACUCAAUGCCAUGCUUGGUGCAACCAGGACGGCAGGAGGCAGCAAGGAGGUCAAGCACAUUGCCUGGCUGGCAGAACAGGCAAAACUAGAUGGUGGAAGACAACAAUGGAGACCUGUCCUCAUGGCUGUGACUGAGAAGGAUUUACUGCUUUAUGACUGUAUGCCAUGGACAAGGGAUGCCUGGGCAUCACCGUGUCAUAGCUACCCUCUUGUUGCCACAAGGUUGGUUCAUUCUGGCUCCGGAUGUCGAUCACCCUCACUUGGAUCUGACCUUACCUUUGCUACCAGAACAGGCUCUCGGCAGGGCAUUGAGAUGCAUCUCUUCAGGGUGGAGACACAUCGGGAUCUGUCAACCUGGACCAGGAUACUUGUUCAGGGUUGCCAUGCUGCUGCUGAGCUAAUUAAGGAAGUCUCUCUAGGCUGCACGCUAAAUGGCCAAGAGGUAAGAUUCACUGUCCACUAUGAAAAUGGGUUCACUAUCUCCAAGGAAAAUGGAGGUUCCAGCAGCAUAUUGUAUCGCUACCCCUUUGAAAGGCUGAAAAUGUCUGCUGAUGAUGGCAUCAGAAAUCUGUAUCUGGAUUUUGGUGGUCCUGAGGGAGAACUGACCAUGGACCUUCACUCUUGUCCGAAGCCGAUCGUUUUUGUAUUGCACACGUUCUUGUCAGCCAAAGUCACUCGCAUGGGACUGCUCGUAUGAGCAGCACAAAAUCAGAAAAGAGUCAUGAAUGUCACAAGAAGUAUUUCCACCUCAAAAAAAAAAAAAAAAAAGCACAAAAAGAAAGCUCUUUGCUCUCCCCUCCAGCACAGUGCCUUGACAAGGACCUGCAGAUCACUGCUGACCAGUAACCGUGUUUAAAGAAGAGCCUGCCUUUCACAAGCUACCUUGGCCAGAAAUUCUAGGACUCUAAUAAGUUCCAAACGAAGCUGUUGAUUUAUUGCCUCAUUUCCUAAUGUGGUUUCUAAGUCACUAGGUUUAUUUCCCCUAUGAAGAAGGAUGGCUCGUUGUGGGUUUUUUUGGACAUAAUCAAAUAUCCAAUUUUUUUGGACAUAAUCAAAUAUCCAAGAGUUGUUUUCAUUUUCUUCUUCCUACAGGAUUUGUUCCAAGCUUAGCCUUGACAUCUUGCUUAGUUCAACCAUCUCUUGCCACAUGCUAGUUUACAGCCACCUGUGCUUGGCCAUUCUAGAUAGGUCGGAUGUGGUUUUGGAGCUUACUGUCACAUAAUCCUUCCACCCUAGGAAGUCCUUGAAUUGCACACCAAAGCGUUCUCCCAUCUGUCCUGGCUCUCCUGCAUCCCACCCUGGCUAUCACUUUCCUACCGCAUCACGAGCUUUGCCACUCAUAAGUGCUAACUUUAGGACUUAGAACUUGUGAAAUUUGAUUUGCCUUGCCUUCCACUCCCUUUCUAGUGGCGACCAAGUUGGAAACCACUGAUUUGAAAGAAGAGGUUUGCUUGUUUUAGAUUUUUCUGAUUUAUCUUUGGUAGGAGCCAGGUGAUAAGAUUUCUUUUAAAAGAAAAUCCUCAUUUUAGCCUAAGCCAUUUUUUAUUGCUUACCAAAUGUGCCUUUGGUUAGGGUUAGUGGAGCUUUAUUAGUCACUAUUUGAAUAACUGGAUAUCACUGCCGUUCCAGGGAGAGCAUCCAUCUUAGUUUUGAGGAAUAGUCUUUGAGAUGGGUUUCCUUAGGAGUAUCUUUUCUAGUGGGCAGAUCUCAUUGAGGAAGAUAAAUCUUGGAGAGCCCACUUGUUUAAAGAGUAGGCUCUGUAAGGCCAGCUCUUCAGCACAAACAGCCGGUGGAGUUGCCUUGGGCUUUGUGGGCCCAUGCUGGAUCCUGGCCCUUUUGUCCUCUCCCUUUGUGGCAGCAGAGUGGCAUGGAUAGGCAGCUGCUAAUUCAAGACUCACUGUUGGCUUAGUAAUGCAUUCUACAGUGGGCGGGUGACGAGACCACGGAACAGCUACCUGGAUUUUGCUAAGCAUUGCCAGAUGUCAUCAUUAUGACUUAGUAGCAGUAAGAUUGCUGAUUUUGUGGUAUCAAAGAAUCACACUCAGCUUGUUUUUCCUAAUUAUGAAGGAGGUGUAUAUCUGAAAACAUUUAAAAUAGGAUAAUAGCUAUAUAAAAUGUCAAGAUUACUGCAGUCCCCAGAUCUGAAAGAAAAGGGAAUAUUGACUUGAAUGUUCUCUGAAGAAAAGUCUAGGAAUAGUUCUCACUUACUAGAUUUAUUAGGAGUACUAUAAGAGGAUGUGAGCACUUCAGAGAGUGGAGGAGGGUAGCACUCCAUAUAGGGAGGAAAAACCCCACAACCAUAAAUACAAAACAUGAGCUGUUUGGUGUGAGUGCAGACUGACCUAGGUGGGACAUUUGAAAGAGCAGACUCAUGAGCAGAGAGUUUGAGUUAGACAUUGUAACCCCACUGUCUUUCUUCUGCCCAUAAGUCAGUCCUCCUUCCCUUUGUACAGUGAGAUUAACCACAUGCAGGGGCUGGGGAGAGAUAACUGAUAACUGUUCUUCCCCCAGCUACAGUUCCAAAAAUAAAUGACUUGAUUCACUUAAAACUGGAAAUUGGAAUCUAGACUAGAAUAUGUCUUUCAAGAACUUUUUUUAUGUUUUAAAGAUUCAUAAACCUAUGUUUGGUUUCAUCUGAAGUAAAUUUGCAAGGGAAGAAAAAAAAUAUCUUGAAGGUCCAGCUGUGAUUUCUGGAAGCAGAAUUUCAACACCUAAUACCCUCAGAUAAGGGAGCUUAGACACUCUUUGCAGUGAGAGCAUUAUUAACCUGAAAAGUUGCACAAUGCAGUCACAGAUUUUGCAACAAAGCCAUGUGGUUGAGGUUUUCUUGGUUAGUGUGAAAGGCUAAGCCACUGAGAAUUUUUUCAGGCAGAACUUCUGAGCCCCCGUGCUCAUCAGUUACAUGAAAAAGAUCUCUAAAAAAAGGUGUGAUAAACAUGUGAGCAGGAGAAGGUAAAGUGUGUGAGCCAUUUUGGCUCAUUUUGUUCAAGCUUGGUUUUUUAAAUCUUUUGAGUCUUAAUGUGAAAUGAAAAUGUGUGGGAGAUUUCCUUUGACCACUAGCACCCCCAAGAGCAAGAGCCCUUAAGCUGCUUGUGUAACAUCAACAGCUUUCCAAUCAUGGGUGACCAGCUUGUUCUUCAAUUAAGUGUGUUUAUGGAGUUUUCAAACCACAAAUGAAGUGCUUUUUAUGAAUAGGACAGCCUUGAUAAAUAUGUAUUUUGUAUUAAGAUGCCAAAAUAUGGCAAAUUAUUUUAACUAAAAAUGGGCAUUUGGGGUAUUUCACACCUUUUAUAGAACAGCUUAACUUGUCAUUUCUUUUUCAUUUUGAAUUAGGAAAAUUGCUGAGAAUGUUGUGGGCUUCCAUGUAUAGAAUGGAAAAGAAGCUGCAGAGUAGUAUCCACCUCAUCCCAAUGGACCCAAUUCCUGUGCCCUCAGUUACCCCCCAGACCUGGGGCUUAGACAUCUUUCCAUAUUCCACACAGAUGUCUACAAGUAGCCAAUUGGCAUGUGAAAAUUCUUCCUCCUCAUUCCCUAAAAUUUCUCCCUUUCCUCUC